AUGAGGGACCCUCGUGCAGUGGCUGUCAGCACGUACUUCUACAUCAAAAGAAGCCCAAUACACUUGCAUCACCCAUCCAGGGGCAAGUCUUUGGACGAGGCCGUGGUGGUGAUACUUCCGCAAAUCUGCCAGUUCACCACGAUUCGACACAUCUUGUUCGAUGGGCAAUUGUCAGACAGAAGUGAAAUAUUCUGGUACGAAGAUGCCAUGAGAGACCCGCUUGGCUGGUACAACCGAUGGGCAUCGCUCGCGGGCUUUACGCUACCCGCAAGAUGGAUCAAAGAUAUCCAGGCGAGCCUGACAGAGGCGGCGGAGAACGAUAGGAAGCGCGAACCUCACCCUGGAGGACAAGUUGUGUCCUCAGACAGAACCUGGGAGGACGAGGUAUCUCCGGAGACACGCCUAGAGAUGAACUCCAUUCUUCGAACGUGGCUGCCAGGGGUACUUCUGGCGCGAUUUGAUGUACCUGCUUCAGAAACUUCGUAACACAUUCCGUUUGUCUGUAGAGGUUACCAACCUAUUGAAACAGGAAAAGACAAGGAGAGGCACGGCCCGGAAAGGGUGUAGAGAUGCACCGCAGCGAAUUCACGACACUCCCUGCAGAUUGUAGCGCAUGGCAUGUGCCGAGGCCGUUGUCAGCAUCAUCGGUGUAUUGCUGGGCGCUGCAAGGCGCUGCAAGUGGUCGUGGGGUUGAAGCUCAGCAAGAAGACUGCCCUGUUAUGGUAGAAAGUGUAUGUCGGAUGUGUGCGAUGUUGUAUAUGUUCGGUGGUAGGACGGCUGUGUGUAAUCAUCACUCUUGCCCCGACGGAGGAGGUACAUGAUAUUAUACGCUUUACAGCAGAAGUCUGUACGACGCGCACAAAUUGGUUUUCGUAUGCGUUGAGCUUUGUUUCCCGCAGUAUUGGUGAUUAUUUGCCCUAACUACUGCAAUCCAAUGCGACAUUUCGUCGUGUGAAAGUACCGGUUGGGAAGAUUGCCAUCUGCAGCAACAGGGUGCACCUUUUGCCACGCUUGUACAACAUAUGGCGGUGGUGUAGAGCAUUAAGCUACAGAACGAUCACAAAUCUAAAUGAUUGAUCUUUGCCUCAUCG